AUGUGGAGGGUAGUGCGAUGUUCAACUGUAUCCAGCAACGUUUCAAACGAAUACACACUGUAUAUGACUAGGCCACACAUUCGGAUUAAGGAGGAGCCCAUAAAAUACCUCAUUUCUCCCGGUGUAUUUUGCCCCAUUAACCAUCCCCAUCAUUGUACGUUCAACCUUUCUGCCGCUUCUUAUUACAUUAUUCAAGAUGUACAUAUAUUUCUAGCUCCAUUGCUUCUAUCACCUGCGGCUAACUGGUCGACUUAUGCGAUUACAGUUGCAGGAUCUGCAGCUUGUACUGCUGGAUCGACUUCCUCACUAUUAUACACAAAUCUUGGUAUAUUCAUUACAGACAACGAUACUCUCUACGUUGCUGAUCAGCUCAACCAUCGAAUAGUUGUCAUUCAACCUAAUUCAACCGUUGCUAGCAAUAUCAUCGGUUCUGGUCCCGGAACGGGGCCUUCUCAANUAAAAAUGGCUAAACUCCCUCAUAUGAAGUCAUCUUCGUCCAUCUAUGUAAGAAUAGUUGCAUCAGAUAUCAGAGUAAAUCUUCUUCAAUUGGGAACAUCAGCUAUAACACAUGGUACUCAGCAAGAUCUUAUUCUCAAUCCCGGAGUUUAUUCUGUUGAUCCUAAUGAAGAUUCGUUUGAUGCCAGUAAAUGGAAAUAUUCAUAUUAUUGUCGAGUAUAUGAUUUGUAUAAUUUUCCAAACAUUGGAGGUGUUUUACUGACAAUUGAAAAUUCUCAAAAUGAUCUCAAUAAUCCUUCAUGUUUAAUCAAUCGAACAGGCAUUGGCAGUGAAUUGAGAUUUGAAAAUUCAACCGUUUCACCGAAUUCAUCGUUAACGAUUCUUUCCGGUUCACUUCAACAAAAUCAAACAUAUCAAUUUAUGGUUAUACUUGAAAAUAAAAUUAAUUCUUCAAUUCAAGUGAAAGGAUAUCUACUUGUACGAAUUGUUGAUUUUACUCCACCAUUGAUUGUUCUUGGUUGUGUUAUUUCGUCAUUAUGUUCUCCAAAUGGUGAAUUUCAACUUGUUAAUCCAACGACUCAACUUAGUUUAUUUACUCUUUGUAUCGGAACUUGUACAAAUAUUGAAAAUAUCUAUUGGAAUAUUUAUCAAAGUUCAUCUGUCAAUUCAACACAAUGGACAUUAUUUAAUCAAAUUCAUUCUUAUGAAAAUAUUUGGUUCUUCGGAAUAAAUACAAGUAAAAUAACAAUAACAAAUGAUUUGUUUAUAAACAAUUCACAAAUAAAUCUUUGGAAAUUUGAAGUUGUUUAUACAUUUCUUUCGACAACAAGUACAAGUUCAUUGAAUUUUAUUCGAAAUCAAUCUCCUUAUAAUGGUUCAUGUUCAAUUUUCCCUUUAAAUGGAACAAUAACAACAGUUUUUACAAUUUCUUGCUCAAAUUGGAUCGAUGUCAAUGGAAUCAAAGAUUAUUCAUUAUAUAUAUGGACAAAUGAUAUAUCUAAACAAAUUCUGAUCGCAUUUUCAUCAAUAUCAUCUUUUCAAGUUCGAUUUCCUGCUGGAAUCAAUGAAACAUCAUUUAUUAAUGUUAUUGUUCAUAUUCGAAAUCUCGAGAAUUGUAUAACACAAGUGAAUUUAACAUCUGUUUAUGUUCGAAUUGAUUCUGAAUCAAUCGAUGAUUUAAUCAAUGAUUUACAAAAUUCAUCAAAUUUGAUAACGAAUAAUUCAAUUAUUCAAUUACUUUCAAAAGCAAAUGAAUUUAUCGAUGAAAAUCAAAUUGAUCUCGAAGAUGAUGAAGAUCAUCUUCAUUCACCAAAGGAUUAUUCAUUAGUUGAUUGUCAAUCGUUGAAACGUGUAAAUCGUUUGACUGAAAGUGAACUUAUUUAUGCUCGUGAUAAUCGAUUAAAAGAACUUGAAAUGUGGUCAAUUCUUCGACAAUUCUCUCGUCAUAUUGUUUUCGCAAUUUUGAUCUUUUUAGUUACUUAUUCUAAUCAUCAACAAAAUAGUUUCUUUCAAGUUAAUCAUUUACGAAAAUAUCUUCUUCAUCCUGGAGAAGUUGAUCACGAUUUUACACAAAUUUCAACGAUUAAUCAUUUUUGGGAUUGGUUAACGAAUACUUUUGUCAUUGAUAGUCGUGUUCAAUCAUGGUACAAUGGUGAUAAACCACUUUAUUUGAAUGGUUUUCUCAAUGAUAAAACGAAUCGAUUAAUUGGUCUAAUCACAAUCAGACAAUUACGUGUUCAAUCCACAUUAUGCGAUAAUCAACGAAUUGUUUCCUUAUGUGAAAAUGAUUAUAACUAUUUCAAUGAAGAAAAACGAAGUUUUUCACCUGGAUGGACUAAUGAAACAAAUGGAGAAAUAUUUCUUUCAUCAAUAAUUAAUGCAUUUCAUUAUUCAACAAGUGAUCAAUUAGAUGGUUCGAUAUUUUCAGGUGAAUAUGCAACAUAUGGAGGUGGAGGAUAUGUUUAUCAAUUUCGUGGAAGUUUAGCAGAGAUACAAACAAAUUUAUCUUUACUUCAUCAAUUACAAUGGAUUAAUCAACAUACACGAGCUGUUUUUAUUCAAUUUACUUUAUAUAAUCCAAAUGUUCAAUUAUUAAUUUCAGUUAUUUUACUUGUUGAAUUCUUAUCAACAAGUGGAGCUUUUCCAAGUGUUGAUUUUCAACCAAUUAAUUUCUAUGCAUUACGAUCAAAUUUACAAUUAGUUUGUGUGAUACUUUACACAUUAUUUCUGAUUUAUUUAAUGAUAAUCGAAAUUCAAUUAAUAGUGCGAUUGAAAUCGAAAUAUUUGAAGAAAUUUUGGUCAUGGAUUCAAUUGAGUAUUAUCGGUUGUUCAUGGACAAGUGUUGUAAUUUAUGUUUGUCGUUCUCGAGAAGUCAGUCGUUUAAGUAAAUUCUUUUCCGAGACAAAUGGUUUCGUUUAUAUAAAUUUACAAUUUGCAGCUCAUUUAAAUGAGAUUUUAACAAUUCUCUUUGGUUAUUGUUGUUUUUGUUCGAUAAUUAAAUUUCUUGAUUUACUUCGUGUGAAUCAAUACGUUGGUUUGUUUGUGGAAACGAUUAAAUCUUGUCGAAAAGAUCUUUUGUCAUUUUUAUCGAUGUUUUCAAUCAUUUACAUGGCAUUUCUUUCAUUAUUUUAUUUAUUAUUUAUUUCAAAGAUUUCUUCAUGUUCAAGUUUAAUUUCAACUGCAGAAAUGUUAUUUGAAAUGACAACACUUUUAUAUGAUUUAACUGAAAUUACACAAGAUGGCAGUUCUCUCAUUCAAUUUUGCUUUACUUUAUUUAUAUUCAUUGUCGUUUUCGUUUGUUUAAGUAUGUUUCUUUCGAUAAUUAUUCAAAGUUUUCAAAAUUGUCAACAAAAUCAACAUUCGACUGAUGAAACUAUUUUCUCGUUUAUGAUCAAGAGAUUCUUUCGUUAUAUCGGUUUGAAUAAGCCAAGUCAAUCAGAAAUUCAACAAGAUAAAGAUCGACGAAUGCGUUCAUUGUACAUUAGUCAUAUUGAUACACUUCGAUAUAAAGUAGAUCAACUAGUCUCUGCAAUUAACAAAGUUUAUAUGGAUCAAAAGUGUGAAUUAUCAAAAUUGGAUAAAGCAGGAGUGUAA